UUGCUAAAACGAAAAAAAGUUAUAGUUUUAGCAAAUAUUAGCACAAAAUUGCUAUUGUUAAAAAAGCUUAUACCAAGAUGGAUUUUUUAAUAAACUACCUGGACUGGGAAAACGAAUAAGUAACAGAUGGGAAAUUAAGUAGUAAAGGAGUUGAGGAGAUCAGUAUUUCCUUCGCUUGUUUUAAUUUCAGGCGUGUACACAAUCAUUGUAAGUGGAAAAAACCUGUGCCAUUAACUGUGACUAUUGAUAAUUUUUCUCACAGGAGAAAGAAAAAAUAUUGAAACAAAAUUGACUUCACUAGAAAACAAUUGAAAUCACGAAAAGCAAAAUUGAUUUAAUAACGCAUAAACAGUAAGCGAAAAGGAUAGCUGAUUUUUUAGAGUGUUUUGGACGCCCGCCGCCCAAUGUCUUCAAGUUCACCAACAGCUGAGCAGAACUCCUCCGUAGAGCCACCGGCAGCUAAAAAGCGUAAGCUGCUCACCUCUUCCGGCGGUGCCUCCAAUAGUAGUUCCCCAAACACCAGCCCUAAUAAUAGCAAUAAAAACAACACGGACAACGGUGACGAUAGCCAUAAUCACGAAAGUGGUGUGGAAGGAAUUAUCGUUGACGUAUCAGCUGAAAAAGCCGGUGAAUCAGCACUAUCAAUCAGUGCUAUACAGCCAUUUCACUCAAAUUCGUUAAGUGGCGGCGAUACAGCUGACUCUGUCUGCAGCGAGAAAAAAAGCAGUAAGAGUGACAGUAGUUGUAGUAAAAGCGACAGCGACAGUACUUUAUCGGCAGUGAAGAAGGAAAGCGGUCAAAGUGUGAAUAGCGGAAUUUCUGUUUCAUGUGAAAACGUAGUCUCAGGAUUAAAAUCCGAAAAAUUAAAGAAGUCGGUGGAAAUAGAAGAAAAAAGUUUAAAAGUGAAUAAUCCUGCUAAAACCUUGUCAGUUUGCGAUACAGAGGAUAAAGUUAAUAACUCCACCGGGAAUCAAACAAAAUCAGGGGUUGCUUACGGGGUAAACAAUCAAAUGGCUGGUGGUAACACGACAAGCGACUCCCGUUCGCGCGGAGCGUCUGACAUCGAUGAGUCGCUUUACUCGCGCCAACUGUAUGUAUUGGGUCAUGAUGCAAUGCGUCGCAUGGCCAACUCUGACAUAUUAUUAUCGGGACUUGGAGGUUUAGGUCUAGAAAUAGCCAAAAACGUUAUUUUGGGAGGUGUAAAAUCGAUUACACUUCAUGACAAGGCGAACUGCACCAUUCGUGAUUUGUCAUCGCAAUUUUACCUAAGUGAAUCUGAUGUAGGCCGUAAUCGGGCAGAAGCUUCUUGUGGCAAGCUAGCGGAAUUGAACAAUUAUGUCCGUACCGAAGCAUAUACAGGUGAAUUAAGCGAGGAUUUUUUGCGCCAGUUUCGAGUUAUUGUAUUGACGGCAUCUGAUGAUAAUGAGCAGCAUCGCAUCGCAAAAUUUGCACAUGAAAAUGGUAUCGCUUUGAUCAUUGCCGAAACUCAUGGACUCUUCUCCAAAAUAUUUUGUGACUUUGGAGAAAAUUUCAUUAUAUACGAUCAAGAUGGCGCUCAGCCGAUUUCAACGAUGAUUGCAAGUAUUACUCACGAUUCCCAAGGAGUAAUAACCUGUUUGGAUGAAACUCGUCAUGGCUUAAAUGAUGGCGAUUAUGUCACUUUUAGCGAAGUACAGGGUAUGACCGAAUUAAAUGGCUGUGAGCCGAUAAAAAUAAGUGUACUAGGUCCAUACACCUUUAGUAUUGGUGACACCAGUCAAUUCAGUGAAUACAUUUCCGGUGGAAUUGCUACGCAAGUAAAAAUGCCUAAAACGGUGAAUUUCAAAUCGCUUGAAGAGUCGGAGAAAGAGCCUGAAUUCUUAGUUUCUGAUUUUGCUAAGUUUGACCACCCAACUUCAUUGCAUAUAGCUUUCGCUGCAUUACAUAAAUACAUUGAACAAGUAGGUCAACCACCACGUCCCUGGAAUGAGGAAGAUGCACAAAAAUUUUUACAAAUGUGCAAGUCUGUUAAUGAGGAUAUAAAUGACAACGUUGUUUUGUUAUUUGCAAAGACCUGUGCUGGCAACACUUGCCCCAUAGAUGCUGCAAUUGGUGGUUUUGUAGCACAAGAAGUUCUGAAGGCAUGUACCGGAAAAUUCACGCCUAUCUAUCAAUGGUUGUACUAUGAUGCAAUUGAAUGCCUGCCGACCGAAGGUGUGGCAGAGGCAGACGCUCAGCCGGUUGGAUCUCGCUAUGACGCCCAAAUUGCUAUUUUCGGAAAGAGUUUCCAGGAAAAAUUGGGUGAUGUGAGAUAUUUCAUUGUUGGAGCUGGCGCUAUUGGUUGCGAAUUGCUGAAGAAUUUUGCAAUGAUUGGAGUUGGUGCGGGCAAUGGUGAAAUCGUCAUCACCGAUAUGGAUUUGAUUGAAAAAUCAAAUUUGAAUCGCCAAUUUUUGUUCCGGCCGCAUGAUGUACAGAAACCGAAGGCCAAAACAGCUGCGAAUGCUAUUAAGAAGAUGAAUCCUGAUAUUAAGGUCACAGCAUAUGAGUUGCGUGUGGGUUCUGAAACAGAACAGGUUUUCUCCGAAGAAUUCUUUGGAAAGCUUAAUGGUGUAGCUAAUGCGCUAGAUAAUGUAGAUGCGCGUAUUUACAUGGACCGUAAGUGUGUUUUCAACCGUCUGCCACUUGUGGAGUCUGGUACUCUGGGCACAAUGGGAAAUGUACAGGUGAUUGUACCAUUUUUGACUGAAUCGUACAGUUCAUCGCAAGAUCCUCCAGAGAAGAGUAUUCCGAUUUGCACACUCAAGAACUUCCCCAAUGCAAUUGAACAUACUUUGCAAUGGGCUCGCGAUAUGUUUGAAGGUGUAUUUACACAAUCUCCCGAGAAUGCUGCACAAUAUUUAUCCGAUCCCAACUUUAUUAAGCGUAUUAUAAAAUUGCAGGGCAUUCGACCGUUGGAGAUUUUGGAAUCUGUGAAGAAAGCUUUAGUAGACGAACGGUCCAGCAGUUUCUUGGAUUGCUUAAAGUGGGCACGAAAUCAUUGGGAAGAGCACUACGCCAAUCAAAUUAAACAGUUACUAUUUAAUUUCCCACCCGAUCAAAUAACUUCAAGCGGGCAACCUUUUUGGUCCGGUCCAAAACGUUGUCCUCAACCUCUCGUGUUCGAUGUUAACGACGAUCUUCAUUUAGAUUAUGUAUUUGCAGCUGCUAAUCUCCGUGCUGAGAUGUAUGGAAUUGAGCAAGUGCGUGAUAGGCAGCAAGUUGCACUUCUUAUUAAGGAUAUAAAGGUUGCUGAAUUUAAACCCCGAUCAGGCGUUAAAAUCGAAACAAACGAGAGCGCUGCUGCUGCUGCAGCUAACAACUAUGACAGCGCAGAUGUGGAUCAAGACCGUGUAAACAAGAUUUUAACUGAGCUACAGGCUCUGCGUGAAAGCAAAACUCAGCUAGUUGUUAAGCCGCUAGAAUUCGAAAAAGACGAUGAUAAUAACUUCCACAUGGACUUUAUUGUUGCUGCAUCUAACUUACGUGCUGCUAAUUACAAAAUUCCACCUGCUGAUCGUCACAAGUCCAAACUAAUAGCUGGCAAAAUUAUUCCAGCAAUUGCCACAACUACAUCACUUGUCUCUGGUCUGGCUGUUCUAGAAGUUAUGAAAUUAAUUUUGGGACAUAAUGAUAUGGAUAAAUUCAAGAACGCUUUUGCGAAUUUGGCUUUGCCUUUCAUUGCGUUCUCCGAGCCGAUGCCUGCCGCAAAGAAUUCGUACUAUGGUAAAGAAUGGACGCUGUGGGAUCGUUUUGAAGUUGCUGGAGAGCUCACAUUGCAAGAAUUCCUUGAUUACUUCGAACAGAAAGAAAAACUGCAAAUAACUAUGUUAUCACAGGGUGUCUCGAUGCUUUACUCGUUCUUUAUGCCUAAAGCUAAAUGUGCAGAACGUCUGCCUCUACCCAUGACUGAAGUUGUCCGACGAGUCUCAAGGAAACGAAUCGAAUCACAUGAACGCUCAUUGGUAUUUGAGAUUUGCUGCAACGACGAGGAUGGUGAAGAUGUGGAGGUGCCGUAUGUUCGGUAUACUUUACCCUAAAGAUGAUGUCGGUGAUAUAAAGAAAAGUUUUGAGCGACAAACAAGUGCUUGACCUUCAAUUUAAUUCAUAUUUGGUUUAACAUUUGAAAUAAUUUAUUACAAAAUAUUUAUAAAAGCCGUGUCCUUUAUAAUUUCAAAAUACCAUUAUUUCCCAAUGAAAACACAUUAUUCCGCAAACGAUAAAAUUACGAAGAAUAAACUGUCGGCGGACUUUGUUGUAUAACUACAUAGUAAUACAGAGUAACAAAGAAAAAAUAAUUAUUUGUAGCAGUUCGACUGCAUUUUUCAUCAAUAAUAAAAUUUUGUUGUUUCAAAUAUAAAUACAAACUUAUAUAUAAUUAAAAUGAAA